UAUAUACACACAACUAGCCGCACAUAUCACACCAUUUCGUCCAAGGAAUUGCUGUUCUUGGCAUCAACCAUGAGGAGUGCAGCAAUGGGCUUCCAUGAACACGGGCUAGUCCUUGAGGUGAUCACCAACAACGGCAGCGGCAAUGGGCCACAGCCGCGAUACCAUGGAGAUUCUGCUUCUCUCGAAGAGAAGAAACUUCAUGAGCUUUCUGCGCCGACAGCCACCUUGCACCCGGCAUCGCAGGAGUACCGUGGCCGUUUCGAGCUGGCUCUUGGACAAUCCAUGAGCUAUGGUGUGCACUCUACCUACGGACCUCAAUCUAUGAUCCUGCAAAUGAAGCACGGGAGGGUGCUCCUGCCGCCGGCGAUCGCCACCGAGGAGUCCAUCUUCGUGAACCCGAAGCAGUUCAACGGCAUCAUCCGGCGGCGCCUAGCCCGCGCCAAGGCAGAGAAGCAACGCAGGGUCUCCAAGAGCAGAAAGCCGUACCUCCACGAGUCACGCCACCUCCACGCGCUGCGCCGCGCGCGUGGCAGCGGCGGGCGCUUCCUCAACACCAGGAGCCUCGCUGGCGCGGCCGGCGGCCCGCCGCCUGGGACCGCCAACACGUGCCCGCGCUUCGACGGCGGCAAGAACCGGCACGGCACGUCGCUAGCGACGAGGGCGCAGCUGGCGCGGGACGCCGUGGGCGACUUCCACGCCACUGGUCGCCUACGCUCCCCGGCGUUCUUCCCGUCUCUGAUGAACAUGGCGGGCGACAAUGGCAGCGGCGAGGCGAAAUGGGUCACAGCAACGUCGAGCGGCUGCUGUGCACUGGCCAGGGUCUGA